GUGAGUGAGUGAGAGUGGUAGGGUGAGGUUGUCCCGGCGGGAGCUCCUUGCUCCUUGGAACUGCUGAGUCAACAAUGGCGGGCAGAACCAGGAGUCUGAGAGAUUUCUGUUGUGUCUGUGAAGAUUUUAUAUGCGAGAAGUGGAUUGCAUGCUGUUUGUAUCCAUAGUGGUGUUAUGUGAAGUGUGCUGAUUUAACUCCAAUCAAGCAGGAUAAUGUACCUAAAAUAAAUUGGAUUUGCACUCCAUGUCUUCAUUGUCUUCAUAAAGCGUCUCUCGCUACCAAUAUUGUUGAAAAAUUGGAUAAAUUCAAGCAAGAAUUAUCUAAAGAAAUAUCUGUGGUUAAAGAUGAGGUUAAAUCUCGGAUAUCCAGUGUCAAAAAGGAGUUGAGUGAGGUGGCAGGCGUGAUUUGUAAUGAGCAGGCAGAGUCGGGUCGCGCCAGUUUUGCUGACGUAGCCAGACGCAAGAGGAAGAAGAAUCUCCUUGUCGUGAAGGCCUCUUAUCAAGACAAAAAGGCUACAGAGUUGAAAAAUUAAGUUUCCCAGCCAUUACAAGGCACUCAGAUUACUGAUUCAAGAUUCACGAAUGGAGGUCACAAUGAUAUGAACUUUGAUGAUGAGAACACAAGGGAUAAAGCAGCUCAGAAAUUGUAAAAUGUAGAGUAAGUUAUCACUAACAGUGUGGGAAAACUAGGGCCAAAGAUCAUGAUCUGCAAUGUGCAUAAGGAGGAGACCGGGGAUAAGAUAAUUGAGACACUUAAACAGGAAUGAGUUCCUACACUCGAUUCCUGGAGUUGAGGGGAAAAUUGAGAAGAUUUUUAGCAAGCCUGCUGCUGGUGGCACAAUGCACUAUAUUUUGAAAUGUGAUCCAACUGAUAGAGAGUUGAUUCAUAAACAUCAUGACAAGAUAAAACUAGAAUGGGGAGUGUACACUGCGAGAGACAGAUACCAUGCAAUCAUAAUGUUACCAUUGGUAAAGAUACGGCCAUGUUGAGGCCAACUGCACUGCCAAGAACAAUGGAGAAGCUCCAAAAUGUUACAAGUGCGCUGAUGAUCAUAAAUCAAAAGAUUGCUCCAUGGCUGAGAGGAAAUGCAUAAAUUGUGUGAGGUACAAGAACCCUGAAAUCAACCACUCAGCGAAUGAAUGACCAGUAUAGUGUAGUUCUUCAAAUUGAAAUUGAGAGAUUUCGUAACAUGACCGAUCAUGGCUACUAAUUGGUGUUUGAGUUUUGAAUUGAGAAUUGAGAGUUGAGAAUUGUGUGUGAUAAAUGUUCAGUGAGUUGGAAAUAAUCGUUGGACAUUGAAUUGUGAUACUAUAAAGAAAAUAUCAGAUAAAUGAAAAAUGAAACAAUGGAUAUUUGUGAUACUAUAAAAAAGGAAAGAUAAUGUGAUUAGCACGAACCAACACAUGGGCAAGUGACUAUAAUGAUGCCAUGUUUAUUAAGAGGACAUCAGUAGGUUAUCCAUGAAAGCAAUUAAUACUCACUCACUCACUACGACGUUGUGAAUAAGUGCAUAUGGAGGAUUGUUGUUGAGGCUAACAUUUAUUGCUGACGGCCCUGCAGAGCGCUACGCUGCUGCGCUGACAGUUCUGCGGGGCCUGAAACCUCAUCAACGGUAAACGGUAAACGAUAUGUAAGACAUAGUGUGGGUGAAAAGAAUUUCUGGGAAUUACUCAAACUACAACUAAGCUACAAGAAACUCAGUACUGGAGCCCACAGCCAGUUCUACACUUCAAGAUCCUUUUCCUGCUGAUGCAUGUCCUCCAGUGGCUCAUCCAUCUCCACCAUUUGUCAAGGAUGGGUUGGAUCUUACUCCAGUCCACUCUGCGGACGUUCCAACGCUGUGUCAGCAGAGUAGGAAAAUGGCACGGCAAUCCCCAGGGUGGUGCAGACUGCUGCAUACUAGUUGCUAGUGAACGUGGGGUGCUUCCACCAGGCGGCGCCAGGAGACACCAUCGUCAAGUCCAGCCUGCCAGCUCUGAUAUGGAAGGAGCUAGAAAUGAGAAAGUACUAUUGGCCUUUGAUUUUGAUCACACCCUUAUUGACAACAAUUGUGACACCUACAUCUACAAACUUGCUCCUGGGGGCAAGAUUCCAGACACUCUGAAGGCAUUGUACCGAAAAGAUGGCUGGACACAUUACAUGGGAGAAGUCUUCAAGUAUCUGUUUGAAAAUGGAGUAACUAAGGAAGACAUAUUUAAAUGUUUGUGUGAAAUUCAGUUGACCAAUGGAAUGGAAAAACUAUUUAAUAGUUUGCCUAAAGGAAAAAGCGAGUGUAUAAUUAUAUCAGAUGCUAAUUCUGUCUUCAUUGAUGUUAUCUUGAACAAUUUUGGACUGAAACAUCAUUUCCAAGAAGUAUUUACAAAUCCAGCAAAAUUUAAUGAAGAAGGAUGCCUCACCAUUGAAAUGUACCAUCACCAAGACUGGUGCACUUUGAGUACCAAAAAUUUAUGUAAGGGACACAUUCUUGGGAACUAUAUUAAAGCACGGGAAAAAGACAACGUAGCCUUUUCAAAUAUCGCAUAUAUUGGCGAUGGCACAAACGACUUCUGCCCAAGCCUAAGACUGCAAGAAUGUGACCUGGUGUUUCCUCGGCAGGGCUACAGCUUGAUAGAGUACAUCCCAAAGAUGGAAGCUGAGCAGAACCUUAAGAUAAGAGCUCCUGUUCACCCCUGGGAUAUGGGAAAGGAGAUUCUAGAUCAAGUGUUGUUGUGCUGUGAUAAAUGUGGCACCACUCAAAUACCAGUGCCAAGGCUCUGUGUACCUUUUGAGACUUCAUAAGGAAACGUGCUAAUACAACUAUAGAUAUGAGAGAUAAGGAAACAUGCUAAUAUAACUAUAGAUAUGAGAGAAAGGGUUGCACCAAUUACAGAAAUGAAGCUUAAAUAUACAUGAAGGCAUUUGCCUUUGUUGUCAAGAACUCCAAACCAGUUUUGCUUUGCUUUCAUGAACCUCACCAGUCACAGUCACAGUUACACUUUCACAGAUUUUUCACAUAACAAAAAGUGUGGAGAUACAAAGAGGGGCAUGGUGCCCAUCAGAAGAUGUACCAUAGUACUUAUAUCAGAUACUUAAAGUGGUAGUAUGGAGAUGUUAUGUAUUGUUUUAUUUAGUUAUAAGGAGUGUCUAGUUUUAACUUGGUUACCAGUGUAUGAAACUACAUGUAUCCAUCCAGUCUUUUGUUUAAGUAAAUGGUUGUGCCAUGUUACCACAAGCUGAUGGUCAGAGGUGGUGUGCCUUACAAUGUUCAGCUGCCUAAGUGACAGUGGUAGGAUUGUGGAAAAUUUAAAGAGGAUCAGUAUUAAUUUAGAACAACAUAGUGACCUAAAUGUAUUCUGGAGCAGUCAGAAAGAUAUACACAUGUAAAGAAAUGUUUGAAAGUAGGACAUAUGAUACUAUUUAUAUAUUAUCAAAAAUCCUUUUUCAGUCUUUUGAUAUAUUGUGAACAUGUUGUAAGGUUAGGAUAUUUACUAAGGUUUUUUUCUCAAAGUAUAUAUUUUGAUAAUUUUCAUACCUAAAGGCUAGAUGGCUUUGCGGCACAGUACUUGGCUCAUGUAUGGGAGGUUGGAAGCUCAUGCCUCAAAAAAUUCCUGAUCCGAGGUUUACAUGUGCACUUCAUCUACGCCUACUAGAAUUGUGGUGGUGUGCACUGCAGACCCCAUCAGGUGUACUGCCCCUUCAAGGAAGUGCAGACCCCACCAGGUGCCACAAUCGUCCAUCAUCCACAUCAGAUGAAUCGAUCCUCCAGCAGGCAGUCCCUAUGGAGAGCUGCCUUGCACACAGCAGCAGGACAGUCCAGCCAUACGUCAAACUUCAGGAGCUGUCCAUUCUGUUGGGGAGACAAGAUGUUCAUUAACUCUGAAACUAAUGUUUUGCUGCUUCUCCAGACUUCAAGAAAUGUGGAAUUUUAUUACCUCACAUAGCAUGCUGCUACUUAUGGCUGAUGUAUUUUAACACUGUUGAAAAGCUUCACUAUAUUUGGUGAACUGUGAACUCGGGCAACUAUGUCUGAAAGAAUUUUAAAUACUCUUAAGAAUA